AUGGCACCCCAUGCUGAACAGGAUGAGUCCGCCCAUAGCAUCACUCGCCUCCCGCCACCAGAACGUCCCGCCUUUUCUGCCUCACCUCCACGUCUACUAAUCAUCGGUGCUGGGAACCGUGGCAAAGCUUAUGCCGAGGCUGUCAAAAGUUCGAGUAAUGGCAUAAUCGUGGGCGUCGUAGAGCCUAUCGCGCAGAAGAGACGGCACCUGGGUCGCAAAUACAUCUGGGGUACACGGGAACCAACUCCCGGGGAGGAGUUCCGCGACUGGCCAGAGUUUGUUCGAUGGGAGCUAAGCCGGCGGCAAGCAGUCGCUUCUGGGUCUACAGAUGUCCCUGAGGGUGUCGAUGCAGUCUUCAUUUGCGUCCAAGAUGGUAUGCAUAAGGAUGUUGUCCUUGGCCUUGCGCCACUGAAACUACACAUUAUGUGCGAGAAGCCUCUAGCCCCCAAUCUGGAAGAUUGUAUGGCUAUCUAUAAGAGCCUAAUGCCUGAUGCCUCCGGAUCCUCAGAAAAGCUGUUCGCUAUCGGCCAUGUCCUUCGCUACAGUCCUCACAACGUGAUGAUGAGGAAGCUUUUGCUUGAGGACAAGGUCAUCGGAGACAUCAUGGCUGUUAAUCACACGGAGCCAGUGGGCUGGUAUCACUUUACACACAGUUACGUCAGAGGGAACUGGCGCAAUGAAAAGGCGGCAGCUCCAUCACUCCUUGCCAAGUCGUGCCACGACAUAGACAUCCUCUACUGGAUUUUGGCGGCCCCGCCUCCCGGCUCUAACAAGCCAACGCAUGUUCCCAAAGACAUAAGCUCUUCUGGAUCCCUCCAAUAUUUCAGAAAGGAGAGAAAGCCUGUCGAAGCUGGAAACGCCACCAAUUGCUUGUCAUGUGCCUAUGAGCCAUCGUGCCAGUUUUCGGCCAAGCGGAUUUACACAGGAGCUGAUCUCAAGAGUCAGCAACAAGAGCACUUUUGCACCGUCGUCGCGCCGGAAAUUGAAGACUGCAUUCCAAAUGGUGGGCCAGAAGCAGCUAAGCAGGCGAUUAUCUCAAAACUUGCGGAAGAUUACUCAGAAGACACCCCGGCAGAUGAGGUUAGCAAGAGAAAUACCUUUGGGCGCUGUGUGUACGAAUGUGACAACGAUGUCUGCGACAACCAAGUUGUAACACUUUCUUGGGACGCUGACCCGAUCGCAGCCCCGGGCGAGACACCUCUGCAGGCUCUUAGUGGCAGAGGUAGUAAGACAGCUACAUUGCAUAUGGUUGCCUUCACAGAAAAGAUCUGUACCCGGUUCACGCACAUUUACGGUGUCCACGGAGAGAUGUACGCCGACAGUUCCUCAAUUACAGUAACAGACUUCAGGACGUGCAAGAAGACUGUUCACUACCCACACAUUCCCGAGGGUGGUGGCCAUGGUGAUGGAGACGAAGGAUUGACAAGGCAGUUCGUGCUGGCCGUUGACCGGGUAAAGAACCAUGGUGAGAAGGUGUCAACGGCUCAGCGAGAGUACAUUAAGUGCAAUUUGAGGGAUGUUAUUAUGAGUCAUAGUAUGGUAUUCGCUGCUGAGGAGGCAAGGAAGGGAAAGAAAGUCAUAGAUUUUCCUGAGUGGUUUGAGAAGGAGGUCAUGAUAAAGCUAGGCGCGUAA